AACUUUUGAUGCUGAUUUGAAGACAUACCCCUAUAUGGAAACAAACAAGUAUUUCUUCGGCCUUAAUUUGGAUCGCUUUUGUAGUAGCAUCCUCUUAACACAACUUAAAGUACCAAGUAGUAGCUUAUAGUACAUGGCUCCACGUCAACAGCCCUGUGAUCAAUUAAUUACCAAAUAUCUACAGGAAGUGGAAAACUGCAUUAAGUACCAAUUAUAUCAUGUGUGUAUUAAGGUUUUACUGCAACUUGGCUUUAAAAGAUUUCCUGUUGUUUUGAAAAUGUUUGACUGUUUUUGGAGAAAGCAUUUCGCAAACUGACCCAUGAAGAUAUGUUUGUUGAACUUUUCAUUUUUGCUAGAAUUUUAGGAAUUCUUUCUUGACAAAUAGUGUGUGCGUUUUCUCUUUUUUGCUUCAACUUUAACCACGUCUGCUAAAACAGAUAUUUGCAGGUCAUUUCAAAAUGACCUUAUUAGGAAAAAUGUUGGCAUGUAUUUUUUUUAUUUUGAUAAAUGUGAUAACAGUAAAGGGGAGUGAAAUUGGAUUUUGCCGCGAAACAGUAGAAAAGAUUUUUGAAACUGAUUGUACAUCUUGUCAUAUCAACGUGUUUAUUGACUGUCCAGUCGGAGCCAAAAAGUUAACAAAGAUGGGAGGAACAUCUGGUUGCACAUAUGAAAAGCACCUGGGACCAGGACCAAAUAUAACGAUGGAUGGGUGUACCCACACUUGCGAACAGAAUAUUACUACUGACCAGUGCUGCAAAGGAUUCUGGGGACCAAAAUGUGAUGAAUGUCCAGGAGGUUACAAUACAGUAUGCAGUGGACAUGGGGCGUGUUCUGACCUCAUUGAUGGUACAGGUCAAUGCACAUGUGAGGCUGGUAGAACAGGUUAUGCUUGUGAAUUUUGUACAAACAGCUCUGUUGGAGGUGAAAACUGUACCCAAGCAACUGUAGAUGGGUUAUGUACGGAUGUUAUAUGUCCCAACAAUUCAAAAUGUGUUGUAAUAGAUGGUGAUGCUGUGUGUAUGUGUAACACAUCUGGAAACACAAGCCAAGUGUGUAAAGAGUUUGAUGCGUGUAUGGAGUCGCCAAUGUGCCAUGCUGAUGCUUCGUGUGUCUUGUCUGACACCAAGGACAUUUCUGGACUGGGGAAAAAUUGUACAUGUAACAGUGGUUUCCAGGGUGAUGGGUAUCAGUGUGACCCUAUUGACCCCUGCCAAGUCAACAAUGGAGGUUGCGACCUUGACACUUCAGUCUGUAAUUAUGUAAAACCUGGAAAGGGUGAAUGUAUGUGUAAAGAUGGAUAUGAAAAUCAUGUGCUUGAUGAAGGAUGUUCUCUCUUAGAUGUGUGUGCACUGAAUACAUCUGCCUGCCAUCCUAAAGCACUGUGUGAAACUGUUGCUCCAAAUGAAAUCAGGUGUACAUGUAAUGAAGGUUAUCAAGGAGAUGGGCGUGUCUGUUAUGGAAACAUCUUACAGACAAUCGAGGAUUUGGAUGAGAGUGAUUCUGACCUUAAAGGACAGAUGACUUUGAUUAAGGGUGCUAUAGAGAAGUACUAUAAGACAGAACUUACCCAACAUGCAGCAUUCACAAUGUUUGUUCCAACCAAUGAGGGAUUCCGUACCAUAAAUACCGCAGAUUAUCAGGAGUGGUUAAAUAACAAAGUGAGAGUGAGACAGAUAUUGCGUCAACACAUUGUAGUGGGUCAGUUUACCACAGAAAAACUUGUGAAUCAUACAGUAUUCCACACACUCCAGGGUACACCUGCUGAACUUAUGGUUGCUUGGAGGAGUGAUAUAUUGAAGUUCCGCCUUUUGGGGAGCAGUAAAAAGGCAAAGAUAGUGAGAGGCAACAUUGUUGCAGCCAAUGGUAUCAUACAUAUUGUGAACAAACUGUUGACAAACUCCCCUUAUAGUAUUGGGAGUGAAGAGAAAACUGUGUAUGAAAAUAUUAAGAAAGAUGGAAAAUACAACCGAUUUGAGACACUUGUAGAGAGAGCAGGUUCAGAAAUAAAAGACAUAAUCAUGUCUCAGAAUGUAACUGCCUUUGUACCUAACAAUGCUGCAUUUGAUUCAUUACCGAUAGGAGCGCUUGAUUUUCUUACGUCAGAUCAGGGAAAAGGACACCUGAUAGCUCUGCUGAAGAACCAUAUAUUUGAGAAUAUUAUUGAAAUUACAGAUCUGAUCAAUACACGGAGAAUCACGUCGCUGGCAAAGAUUUCAAGUUGGGUUGCUGUAACAUUGACAGGACAAGUUCAGCUUAAUGCUGGGAUAAACAUUACUCAGACAGAUAUAGCAGCUAGCAAUGGUCUGAUACAUGAUAUAGACGAUGUCCUUGUGACUGACGAUAUUUCCAUCCUACCAAAUAAUUGUGAUCUAAUUACAUACAAAGAGGUCAUGGGACCGUGUGAUGAUUGUCGAGUGAAAGGUAGAUGUUUUCCACCGGAUGUAGAAUUGAACACUACAGUAGAAUGUCAGUACUAUGCCAAAAAUUCUAAGGGAAAAUAUGUGAGGAUGUCUGGUUGUGCCCUUAUGUGUAACAGAACCUACACAACACCGAAGUGUUGUGAUGGAUUUUAUGGUUUUGAUUGUCUCCCUUGUCCUGGUGGCCAUGAAAAUGUUUGCAAUGGACGGGGAAAGUGUGAUGAGGGGUACUUUGGAAAAGGGACUUGUGCCUGUGAUGGUAAUUUUGGAGGUGAUGCCUGUGACACUUGUGCAGAUAACAAACAUUUUGGUCCAAACUGCACUCAAGAAUGUACAUGUAUGCAAGGCGUUUGUAACUCUGGUCUUGAAGGUGAUGGUAAAUGUAAAUACCCAUGUAACCCUCUGUAUAUGGGAGAAAACUGUGAUAUACAAGCAGCUGUAUGUAAUGAUGAGCUACACCAAUGUCAUGUUCAUGCCAAGUGUAUCUGGAUAGAGAAAGAUCUCAGUUUUAGGUGUAUCUGUCUGCCAGGUUAUUCUGGCAGUGGACAGACUUGCACAGAAAUUGAUCCCUGUAAAGAAGCAUACACGGGAGGCUGUCACCUGCAGGCAUCUUGUGUGAAGACAGGUCCAGGAACUGCUAACUGUACAUGCAAUAAAGGGUGGACUGGUGAUGGAAAACACUGUCACAUGGAAACCGUGUGUACCAACCAUGUCGAUUGUCAUAAAUACGCUAAAUGUAUUCCAACUACUCCAGGAAAACAUAUUUGUGUAUGUAAAGAUGACUUCAUUGGCAAUGGAACUUACUGUUUGUACAAAGAUAGAUGUGAGGUGAACAAUGGUGGUUGCCAUCCCCUGGCAAAAUGCAGUCAUGAUGAUCGUUCUGAAGUUUAUGUUAAUUGUACCUGCCCCAUAGAGCUUGGAUACAGCGGUAACGGUUUCAGUUGCCAUGGCAACAUUAUAAUGGAAAUAGAAAAUCAUCCUAAAUUGACAGUUGCUGCAAAUUUACUUAAGCAAAUGAAGAGUGCGGACCAACAGCUGUUGCUAGACAAUAACUACACUAUAUUUAUCUCGUCUGAUGAAGGCAUGAGAAAUUUAAGUUUACCCAGUCACAAGUUUGCUCACUGGAUAAAACCCGAGAACAUGAUUCAGCUACUCAAUUAUCACACUUUGUUGGGUUCCUAUACCCUGGAUAAACUGGUUGCAGAAUCAGGCAUCAAAAAGUUACAGACAAUGGCUGAUGGCUUCUCCAUCUAUAUAACGAAAGGGGAGGAUGGGAAUGUGAGACUUCUACCACAGAGAACUGGAACUGUUGCCACGGUGAUAGAAUCUGAUAUCAUAGCUACCAAUGGAUAUAUCAACAUUAUUGAUAAGGGGUUAGAGCCCUAUGAACCUAUGUCACCUGAGGACUACCCAGAUUUGGAAACCUUUUUCAGUAAUCACUCUGAGUACAGUAUCUUUGCUGGAUGGCUAAAGGACAAGAAUAUUACAUACAAGCUUGAAAACUUGAUGGAUUCUUACACACUCUUUAUCCCCAAUAAUGAAGUAGCUAAAACAAUUAACAGAACAGUGACAACAGACUAUCUACGUUACUAUAUAGUACCAGCUCUUCACAUGAUGGCAUCAGCUGAAGAUGGGGAUACUGAGGUCACUGAUCUUGGAAUGGAUCAUCAGCUUGUCAUCAGCUUUAAAGCAUGGAAUAAGUAUGCAGUUAAUGGUGUUCCUAUACUAAAGGCUGACAUGUUUACAUAUGGAGGACUUGUGAAUGAAAUUGGAGGUUUGUUACACCCAGUCAUACAAACCUGUGAUGAGAAAAAUAGUACAGUUGACUUCGGACCAUGUACAGUGUGUCAGCCAGGAUUGGUAUACCCAUGUAUCGAUGAAGAUGCUGUGGCUGUACCAGACAAGGGACCGUUUGACUGUAUGUAUACAGAGAAUGUUGUAUUUGGAAGGGUUAAAAAGAAGAAAGGCUGCCAAGGACUCUGUGUAACACAAACACUGAUUAAAGGUUGCUGCUCAGGGUAUUAUGGGAAAGAAUGUCAGGAGUGUCCGAGUGGUCCAGAGUUUCCAUGCAGCGGACAUGGUACAUGCAGUGAUGGUAUCCGUGGUGAUGGUUCCUGUCAGUGUGACCCUAAAUUCAAAGGUGAACAAUGUGACACUUGUAUUGAAGGUUGGGCAGGAGUGAACUGUGAUAUUGAUAAGACUAGUUGUAGCUUUAAAAAUGGUGGAUGUCAUAAACAUGCGGACUGUUACCGUGGUAGCGGUGGUAAAAUAUCCUGUACAUGCUGGGACGGUUUCAAGGGAGAUGGAUACAACUGCAGUGGACCUUGUGAUAUUGAUAAUGGGGGUUGCCAUAUUAAUGCAACCUGUCAGUAUAGUAACAAGGAUAAUUUGAGAUGUGUAUGCAAAGAGGGUCUGGUUGGUGAUGGAAGAAGUAGUUGUAUGAGUGACAUCUUGUCCUCUCUUGUUUUGGUACCCCAGACAACCUGGUUUCUCAAGAGCCUCCAGAAGAUGUCAAAUAAGACAUUGCUAAGCAACCUGAAGUCUUCAACAUCUGUUGACCAAUUCACAUUGUUUGUUCCUGUAGAUAAAGGCUUACAGAUGAAGAUGUUACCAGAGACAUCAGUGUUACAACAGAUAGUUGUUUUUAAAGGUGCCAGUCAGCUGACAGUUCUUAGUCCAGUGGACUUCUCAAAUAUCACCAUGACAACGCUGUCCAAUCAAACUGUGACUGUCUCAUUCAAUAUAACAGCCCAGAGUUUCUUUGUGAAUGGAACCAAAAUUCUAAGUGGAAAUAUUGAAUUUACUAAUGGAAUUGUGCACGUAGUAGCAAAACCGUUUACACAGCCAACUUUAGAGUCUGAGUCAGGUGGAAGCAUGUCUGUUGGAACAAUUCUUGGUCCUCUAGCUGCUCUCGUUGUCAUAGCAGUAGUUGUUGUUGGGGUUAUUUUGUAUAGAAGGUCACAGGUGGGAUACUGGAGAAUUUUACAGACCUGGAUAGCAAAGAGAAAGGAUUCAGAAGUAGCUAGUCAUGAAACACCACUUCAUGUAGAUAAUGACGAUGAUGGAGGUGCCUCAGUUAGUGGUUUACCACACAGAGAUUCUAGUUUUGGCAAUCCACUGUAUCAAUCAGAGGAUCUGGAAUAGGUCAAAUCCAUUGUAAAAACUUUAUUGUCGUCUGCUUCAAAGCAUUGAAGAUUAAGACAUGAUUUUAUAUUGACUAUGAUUUCAGCUUUGUUGUUGAGAAAAAAUCAGUUUUGUUAUUACAAUAAAUAAAAGUUAUUGUAGUCGUUAGAAGUAAGAACCAACUUGGCCAGGUAUUUAGUUUUGGCACACCUGACCAUAAGGUAUUGUGAAAAUUCUUCUUCACCCUGUCUGUGAACAAUUCUUUUGUCUUUUCACCAGAGAUCUCCAGAGAUCUCGCUUCAAAAACAGAAAUUUAUAAAAUAGCACAAUGUUAAUGGCUACUAUAGGCCAAUUUAAUAUUGGGCAGGAUUUGCUGAAGAAACAGCAAAGUUAUAGCCCUUUAAUUUGUCAGAUCUCACAUUGCUAACACAUUAGCUUCCACUUUUCUGGAACAAUUACAUGUAAUUUAUACAGCUACACAGUCUUUGAUGAAACCGAAAAUGGAAAAGGUUUAUGGCCUUUGGGUUAAUCAGAUUGCCAUAUUUCACGUGGGAUGACACAUAAGAAGCAACAUUUCUUGAAUUAUUUUCAGGUAAAUUACAAAGCUAGUACAUAGUUGAAGACGUUGAGCAGUUUCCAUAAUGGGGCAAACUUGCAAUUGCAAAACCAAAUGAAAGACUCUUUAAUACGUUAACAUUGUCAUGAUAGAAAAUAAAAGCAUUGCUAGCACUCGAGAGCUCACACUUUCUUCAUGACAUACUGAAAAGUGGUCAGAAUGUCAAUUAAACCGAAGUCGAGAACGAAACUGAGUUAUCUUGAGUUAUUUAAUGUAAAAAGGUCCUAUAAUUCUUAAUACCACAGGGGGCACAUUUUGCUAGAUUUAAAUGUAACCUGUCUAUAUACAAUCUUGGUCAUGUUGGAAUCUCGGUCAUCUUUAGUUGAAACGCAAUUUUGCUUGGUCAAAUUAUAAAAAAAAAACCUUCACAAUGUAGAAACCUUGUUCUACCUAAUUUAAUAAAACAUACUCUGAAUAUUCGUUGUAUAAAAUCUAGGAAAUUUGGAAACUUGAUCCGCUAAGAGACUGAGAUCAAAACCUAGGGAUAAAAAACCCUGUUGACACUCUAAAAGUCCACAUGUUCAACCUGCAUAAAACCUAAUCAAAGUGUAAGUAAUUUAGGUAAAGUUGGAAACUUGAUAAUAUUUUAUCAAGGGGCCUUCAUGCCCGAGUGAUUAAGGUCGCUGACUUCAAAUCACUGUGGGAUCAAACCUUACUCGUGGCGUUGAAUUUUUUAUGUGAGGAAGCCAUCCAGUUGGCUUACGGAAGGUCGGUGGUUCUACCCAGGUGCCCGCUCGUGGUGAAAUAAUGCACGGAGGGGCAUUUGGGGUCUUCCUCUACCAUCAAAGCUGGAAAGUCGCCAUAUGAUCUGUGAUUGUGUCGGUGCGACGUUAAACCAAACAAAAUAAAAUCUGAUAAAAAAAAUCAAGGUCACUAUAUCAAAUCAGACAAAAACUUAUACUUGAUGUACAUGAAACUUCAGAAAUCUAUGUCAAUUUCGAAACUGGGUAAGCUGUGUAUUAAGAAUGUUUAGAAAAAUACUUUACUGUAUUUUAUGAAUUUUUUCCUGUCCUAAUACUUUUUCAUGCCGGGAUUGAGUAAACUGAUUGAUUAUACAUCUAUAUAAAUUCUGUCAAAGAUCUGGCUUGUAGUGUACAAGAAAAUACGAUCAGGCAGAAACAAAUCCGUAUUUUACCCUUUGUAUUGUAUGUUGCCGGGUUAUCAUAACGGUAGCUAAAUCUGAAAUGUUGCGCACCUCGUGUUAUCUGGCCAGAUUAAGCCACCCAUUGUAUAAACCUGUUACAUAUUUUCUCGAGUACAUCAUGGAAACAGGAUGUGUAGCAAUAUUUGCAUAUAACAAAAACCAACGAUAGAGGAUAUAAUGUGGCAUCUAUAUAUAUAUGGAGUUAUUAUAGUUUUAAAUAGUUUGCAAGUAUCUUAACAUCUUCUGUUAUAUAUCACGUUUUAUAUAAUUUCCAGCUUCAGUUCUGUUUGUCAAAUAUAACUAUGAAUUAAAAUAAGUGAAAAAAUA